AUGAAUCGCAUGCCUCCCCCGGAAGGGCACCAUACGCACGCGGGUCCGCAUCCAGCAUACGAGCCAUCAUGGCGCUCUUCAUACCCCUCGACAUUUGAUAGCCACCACCCUGACUCCCGCCGCCCCUCCGCAACCUCCCAGACACCCCUACCACCGCAGCCGCCAGGAUACCCCGUGAUGCCCAACCGUGAGCUGCCACAGUUAACAUCGGAAGGCCCUUACGGUCGUCCAAAUGGUCAUGGCCUGCCCCUGCAUGCGCCCGUGCAUUCCCCGCAGGACACAAUCCCCCCUCACCCAAACUUCCACCAGCAAAUGAAUGGCGCGCCGCACGAGGGCUCACCAGAGUAUCGCGCUCGGAUGGGCUACCCACCCCCGGAUCAGAUCAACAGUGCUGAACAUACACCCGUUUCAGGCGCCCUACCUCCUGCUUCACAGUUCAUGACGCCCGUUGUCACAAUGGCUAGUGCUACGCCGCCUGCUGGGUACGACCAGGCAUUUUACCAAAAUCAGUCAUUUGGUGCACGUCAGCGUAAGGCGAACAGAGCCACACAGGCUUGCGAUCAAUGCCGAGCUAGGAAAGCAAAGUGUGAUGAGGGACGGCCGAAUUGCAGUCACUGCAAAGAGAACAAUCUUGGAUGUGUUUACAAAGAGGUGCCGCCGCACAAACAAGAGAAGACUACACAGCUGGUAUUGGAUCGGCUCGCCCAGAUGGAAAACAACUGGGACGAGCGUUUCGAAAAAAUGCAAAAGCAAAUACUGGAGCACAUUCUCGACAAGCCGGACAAACAAUCACCUCCGACUGUCCGAGAACGUCUGGACCUCCCGCCGCCACCACCACCGGUCAUUAAGCAGGACCCCCCGUCUGUCAAAACAGAGAACCCUCCGACUCAGUCCUCCACUCCAAAUGUUCUGGACCCCGGGAGUCAGGAUGUAGGCGCUGCAAAAUUUCCCCAAGCGGUCGGAGCCAUGGACCCGAGACUGGAGGACCAGAAGGAGGCUGAGGGAGAGCUUUCCAUCCCAGUGGAGCACACUACUGCGGCUCACAAGCUACUGAUGUGGCCAUCAAUAAAGAGGCUGCUACACCCUGAGAUAUAUGACGAGGAUUAUGUGAUGCGCUUGGAAGAAGAGCGCGGUCUUAUCAGCAUAUACGGUCAAGGCGAGAUCUCAUUCACUGCCGAUGACAGUGAAUUACCAAUGACAUACACGGAUACUCGACCCAAUGGUGCCCGACCCGAUGGAGACGGGGCAGGACUAGGUGCCGACGUCGACAUCGACGAGUUUGGUCACAUGAAGCUGGAUGCUACGACUGCAAAGCGCUACUAUGAUAGCUACAUCGCGCACAUGUUCAAGCUUCACCCAUUUCUUAUGGAGGGUGAACUCAAUCUCAAGGUCGAGAGCUUCAUCCGAUGCUAUUGCCCACCCAGUAAAUCACCGAGUUCGGCUUCCAAUUACACAAGACUAGCUCGCGAUGGCCCGCCACCAGCUAAGAGGAGGCGGUCGAACGAACAUUUGGGUGUGCGGGGCGAGUUCAUGGAGACUGUCUCGAACCCAGUGCGGCCUCGAGUCGGUAAAAAUAUUGAUAAUGCCUUGGUCUUGCUAUGCAUGGCCAUCGGAGCUAUUUGCGAAGCUCGUGCUCCUCUUCCUGGGCCUAUAAUGGACAAGGAUAUCGACUACCUCCGCCAGGUCAUUCCUGCUCCGCUGCCACCAUUUGUCCCCCCGCCAACUGUUAAUGGGGCAUAUGUUACCAAUGGUGUUCUCUCCCCCGCAAACUCGGACUCAGCGGCCAUACCAGCGUCGCUUACGCACUCACUUUAUGGUGCGCCAAUGCAGCCUAAUAACCAGCCUUUCCCACCCGCUCCUCCAAUAAACGAAAGACUGAAAGGCUUGUCAAGAAGAGAUGUGACAAACAUAAAGGAUGCACAAGGGAAAAAGAAGAAUUAUCAGGAUAUCCCUGGCCUGACUCUCUAUGGAUACGCGACCUCAAUAUUGGGCCACCUGCAGGGGGGCAACGAGCUUGAACAUGUCCAGUCCGGCUUGCUUGCUGGUCUAUAUGCUGGGCAACUGGCCCAUCCUUUCCAGAGUCACAGUUGGAUUUCUCAGGCCUCCAGAGCUUGCCAGGUACUUGUGAGAACCAAGCGAUAUGAGCGACUCGAAGAGGGGCCUUUACAGGACCUAUACAACUUCGCGUACUGGACUUGUCUACAAUUGGAAAGUGAUCUGCUCGCGGAGCUAGACAUUCCAGCGAGCGGUAUCUCGCGCUCCGAGGGUCGGAUGGCUAUUCCGAAAGGAAAAUGGACAAUUGUUCUACCGAAUGAUCUCAACGCACCCCAAACGAUGAUGAUGUUGUUCUAUUCUGCGCAAAUUCAUCUGCGCAAAGUCCUAAAUCGUGUUCAUACAGACCUAUACAAGGUGGAAAAGCAAGGCCAGACACGAUGGUCAUCCACUGUUCAAGAGGCUCUCAGCCUGAACCUCGACCUUUGGCGUAAAAGCCUACCAAACAGUAUGCAGUGGGAGGAAAACGACCCACCAGCAAAUGAAAUUAACGCUGCUCGCAUGCGUGCCAAGUAUUACGGUGCCCGGUAUAUUAUCCACCGACCUCUUCUCUAUCACGCACUACACUACGGUCAUACAGGUGCUCGCGUCGGUCCAGUCGGUCAGUCUUUAGUAGACUCGCCUACCUCACAACAAUUGUCCCCCUCGAUGCUGCAUAGCGCCGCCCGGGCUCCGAACAUGGCACGUAUGUCUAGUGACAUGGGGUCUCUGCCGGCCGUAGUCUCCACUGACUGGCAGCCCCCCAAAGUCCGUUUACAAGAUCUACCGAAAAAACUGAAAUCUGCAUGCGACAUUUGCAUUAAAUCGGCUAUCAAGAGCACGGAGGCUUUUGACGGUGUAGGCGGACAUCGAUUGAUCGUUACCAACAUCUUCGGCACUGCCCAUGCGCAAUUUGGCAACAUGCUCGUCCUCUCUGCAACUUACAUGUCGAGUCUAAAGGAGCUCGUCGAGGAAGAUCAACUCAAGCGCCUCCUCACGCGCACAAUAGGCUUCCUCGUCCAAAGUCAAAAUAUCUCUCCCACCCUCCGCGCCGAUGCUCGCAUUCUCACUGAGAUCUACCGGAAGAUCUUCGGUCAUGGUCCUGACCUGGGGAAAACCACUAGCAUGAGUAGCCACACUCCGAGCAUGAGUAGCCAGACCACCAGCGCGAGCUUCCCUUGA